GGACUAAAUAUAGCAGAGUUUCGAGGCUUAGUGUACUGAUAGUCUCGGACAGAGUAGUCGUAAUCGAGGAAUUAGGGGUGCCUAGCGUGGUCUCUGGCUACUGCGGGCCCACGGGGGUUGCGGAAUAGCGCCGCCCGUCGAGGCAGCACUCUCGGAAUCGGCUCUAGACGACGCACGAACACCACUGCGGAGCUCUAGCCCGGCCGCCCACGACUUCAAGGCAACGCGUCCCAUCACGACAAAAGAGGGCAGUUUUGGAGCCCCAGUAAUUCACCUCGUGUGUGCGGACCAGGAGGCUGGCAAACGACGCAAGUUUUGGCUUAGUUUUGAGGUAGCGGUACAGCUCUUCUCGACCUGGAACUCCUAACUCACAUUUCGCCACAUCCUUCCAAGUUCUGGCGCCAUGGACAUGCUUAUGGAUGAUAUCGCAGGCAUCUGGCCGUCCGGUCGCCUUCCACACCACGAUUUAGUGCUCCGUCGAGGCUGUCGAGGCCUUAUCCGCGGGCUGCCGCCAGAGCAGUAACAAGCGUCAAGACCUACCCGAAAAGCACGCGGACAUCGAGCUAGUGACCCGUAUGCAUUGUCGGAGCGGUCGCACGGAGCUUACCACUGCACCAUAAGUCUAUGUGGGGCCGCUCUACGACGGCUGUCCGAGAGUGUCCGCGUGUUGACGUCAGACCGUCGUGUUGGCGUCGAUACCAGGUGGGUGGAGGCGUCGUAGGACGCCCGCGCUGGUACUUUGGGCAGCCGCAAUACCGCUGCCCCGGUGCGCGCGACUAUGGCUUCGCAGAGGCGCGACUAUGCUCUCGCAACCUUCGCCGGGCUGUAACUCGGCACGAUGGAGGAGUUAGAAGACGAUCCAAGUAGCGAAAUGCUCGCAAUCGAGCUGUACAGGCCGGCCGUUUACGCCGCUCGUACCUUUGAUCUGCUUUAUGUACUGCGGCAGGCUAGCUGCGUAUGUAC